AUGUUCCCUCCAGUGGAUGACCAAGUCUUGCGGGAUAACCCUGAAUUUGCAAAGCUGUACUCGAUGCUUAAAACCGAUAUUCUCAAUCCUGACGGAUCUACAAAACUGCGACCUGAUAACAGAGAACGUCAAAUCGCCAGUCAGGAGUUAAAUAAAAUCAGACGCCAUUGCGCAAAGCAAUACUUGUUGGAGCGAGCUAUCGCCACUGCGUCACUUCCGGAUAAGGCGACGACAACAGCCAGGUCUAAAACUACUAAAGCCAGCACCGCGGCAUUAUCAAACCCUCCGGACUCAAUUGCAGACUUGCUCUCCAUUCUCCCGUCGCUUGUCAAAAGCGACCAAGGCCUCGAACCCACGACUGCUGCGUUAAUACUCUCCAGCCCACCAUUCACUGAAUUCGAGUCACUACUACCGGAGCUAGGGGAAGUUGUUUCUGCCAACCUUCAUGACUCGGCACUCGGUCUUGCCCGCAUCACACAUCCCUCUACGAAUCCCUCUUAUCUGAGCCGGCAUAUCUCGUCACUGCCUGCAGACCAUGCCGCAAUUCGGAACCAAGUCUUCGAGGCGCAGCUUAACCUCAUGUCUAGCAGAGUGCGGGCUCUGGCUUCACUAACAGAUCUUCUCAGGUCGUACACUGAGUCAUUCACAUUGCUUAUCAGGUCUUUGGAGGCAAAGCACGGAGUUGCUGCUAGGAGUCUUGAGUUACGGGCUGCCGACGUUGCCCUGGAGGCACAGCGGACCGAGCUGGACUCGAAAGCUGCGUCAACGAAUCUAGGCAAGGACAUGUACUCCCCGGAAGCCGUCACUGCACUAGGGCAGUAUUUAUCCCACCUGAAGGAUGCUCAACUCCGCGCAGCUGAAAGAGUUCGAGGCUUGCAGGCAGAACUUGGCGAGUAUGGUGUAGGAAUGGAUCAAGACGGCUCCAAGGAAAAGACAAUGAAGGAGAUGGCGCGUGUGUACCGCGAAAUGGAAAGCCAAAUGGAGGAAGUCACGAGGGACCUUGCCAGACUUGACAGUAGAACUUGA